AUGUUUUAUCUCGCUCAGGUGGCUCCUAUUCAAAGAUCGCCCUCCAACUGGGCACAUGAACAUAGUCCCUCGGAUUGGACGACUCAGUUGUGUGCUGUGAGAUAUACUGCUCAGGUUGUUGAAAGCGGCUCUAGUCAUAACAUCGAGUCGACAAAGUCACAGAACACUAAAAAGAUGAACAUCGUCAUGAGAUCAGUCUCUGAAAUCAACUACUUCGCGUCCGGGACGCCACGCCGUUACGACAAAAAGAAUCCUUAUGGUUACAUGUGA